AUGCAGAACAGAAGCUCAUCAGGCCCAGCUCUGUCGCUCCUAAGUCCCAUCGGCUAUCAGUGCGGCGAUUGUGGCUAUUGCAAAGCCGAAGAUUCAAGUMARCGAACUCCUCGAUCCCGUGCAAGCUAUUAUGCACGAUCCAAGGUUCUCAGCCCAGAGCAUUACCAAACUCUCAUGGAUCGAGGAUGGAGAAGAUCAGGAAGCCUGCUCUAUCUCCCAGACGCCUCUAGAUCCUGCUGUCCGCACUAUACAAUCCGCCUCGCAGCAUCACAAUUCAAGCCCACACGCGAUCAACGCCAGGCCUUGUAUCGUUGGAAUCGAUAUGUGCUCGGGGAGAAGUACAUCAAAGAAGCCAGCAUAAAAUUCCCCAAAACAAAAGAAGAAAAGAAACGCCUCAACACCGAAUUCGACCUCCUAUCCACAAUCCACGAAAGCGAAAUCCCCAAUCUCCGCCCAGGCCUCAUUCCAGACCAUCGUUUUGAAAUAACCCUCGAACCGGACACCUUCACAGAAGAAAAGUUCGCCCUCUUCUCCAACUACCAACGCACCGUGCACCACGAAUCAGAAAGCGAGAUUUCUCGUCCCGGAUUCAAACGCUUCCUCUGCUCCUCAGCCAUAAAGAGUCGAACUGAACCCAAUGGCAAACAACUCGGAAGCUUCCACCAAUGCUACCGCCUAGAUGGCCGAUUGAUCGCCAUGGCAGUCCUAGAUCUUCUUCCUCAUGCCGUCAGUGGCGUCUACUUCAUCUACCACUCCGAUUUCGAGAAAUGGUCUUUUGGCAAGCUUUCUGCAUGCAGAGAAGCUGGACUGGCGAUCGAGGGCGGGUAUGAGUACUAUUACAUGGGGUAUUACAUUCACAGUUGUAAGAAGAUGCGGUAUAAAGGAGAUUUUAAACCGCAGGAAGUUCUUGACAAUGUCAGUUUGGAGUGGAAUCCUCUAGAUGAGGAGGUGAAGGGGUUGAUGGAGAGGAGGAAGUUUGCUAGUAUGUCGGAGGAACGGAAGAGGAAGGCGCUGAAGGAGGAGGGAGGCGGUGGUGGUGAUGAUGUUGACGAGAUUCUACACCCUCUGCCGCAUGACGCGAUGGAAUCCGGACUUUCACUGCUGCAAUUGGGAAUGCCUGGUGUCAUGUCUCUUGAAGGUAUCAAAGAGGAGAUUGAUCUUGAUGCGAUGAAGAUUCAUCCUGGUCAGGGCAAAGUGCAUCUCGCGACGAACAUCACAGUAUGGGAUGAUGGCGACGAAAUGGACCGCUCGACAUUAAAAGGUCUAUUCGCAGAGUUCGCGGCAGUUCUGGGACCCACGCUUGCAACUGAAGUUGUUGUUGACUUUAGCUGA